AAUGCUUUCAGUGCAGCAUCAGCAGUAGUAUGCAUGUGACCAUGUCAGGAUGACAAUAGUAAGUUUGGGGAAAAAGCAACACAAACGCAACAAAACGUAGUGGAACUUUUGAAAGAAGCAAUAGUUUAUUAUCAUAAUAUUUUAUAGUAUUUUUAAAAACUAAAACACACACACACACAUAUAUAUAUAUAUAUAUAUAUAUAUAUAUAUAUAUACACCACAUAUUUAUAUAGCUUAUAUAUUAUAUACCACCACAUUUUUAUAUAUAUAUAUAUUUUAUUUAUUAACGAAACUUUCUUUCAACCCCUCAUCCUGCUAAAUUUCUUGAAGUCGGUGAAAUUACUAUCACAGAGGAAGGAGCUUUUAUACACAUACACACACACAUACAUACACACAUAUAUAAACACCAGGAAAACUAAAAACAUCGCUAAAGAAAGAGGAAAAGUAAAAAUUUAAUUCCAUCUUACUUAAUUGGUUUUAUGUAAGAUUUCUCUCAGGAAUCUAAAAUGUUCAGAUACUACUAUGUAGUCAUUGUCUUCAUUUUUUUGAAAAUUUUGUUUUGGACAUUUUUCUUUUACCUCCGUUCCCGGAGAUUACGAUUGCUACAACGACGAGGUGUACUUAUAAUUGACCGGAGUGGACAUUUGACCACAAGUAACCACACGGAUUUGGCGACCAUAAUUGAAUACGAGGACCAGCAACGGCAGCAUUUCCAUAACUUGUCUCAUCCCCAAAUGGCCGACAGUCCUCCACCUUACUCUGAGGUCGUACAAACUCCCCCACCCCUGUACAUUAACCCAAUGAUCGACCCUCAGAAUCCUUCUUCCUUGACGGACACUUGUAAGCCGCCCACCUAUGAGCAGGUAGUGCAGCAGCAGCAGCACACGACUGCACCACAUCAAGACCAGCAGCAACAACAGCAACAACAACUACAAGAUCAAUCACAACAGCCGCAGCAGCAACAGCCGCAGCAGCAACAGCCACAGCAGGAGAAUGGAAUGAAUCCAGAGAGAGAAUAUCCAUUAUUGAAUUCUUCACCGCACCAACAUUUGCCGCCACCCCCGCCUUACAGUUGCAAUGAGUAGAGCGGAUCGGUCAUCUCACACUAACAAAACUUAGGGAAAUCUAACAGAAUCUCAUUUUUAAUCAAGUGACCCUUGUUGAUUGAUAACUGACAUAGUUGGGUGCUGGUAACAACAUAAAAAAAACAACAUUUAUGACUGUUUAACUGAUUAACUGCUGCUAAUUGAUUUGAUUGUGCGUGCACGCACACACACACACACAAAUAUAUAUAUAUAUAUAUAUGUGAUAAAUUGUGAUUAGAAGCGAUGUUUGUGUGUUUAGAGAGAAAUAAGCAUAUAGAUAUUUGCACAGUUGCAUGACCACAAACACAUACGCAAUAUCAUGGCUUUUUCAUCUGACUGUAUGUGUGUAUGUCUAGAUAGAGAAACGGACACACAUACGCACACAUAUAUAUAAAUAUAUAUGUAUGUAUAUUAUGGAGAUGUACUUGCAUAGCAAGUGACCUGAUCUGAGAUCGUGUGCUGGAACGAAAACAAUUGCAGCGUGGAAGGUGUUUAUAAGCCAUUUAAGAAACACACAAAAACCGUUAGAUUCACUUCAACAUUUAAAUUUAAUUUGCCAAAAUAUAUUCAGCGCUUUGAGACUGUGCUGCAAAAUUCCGUGCUGCACAGAAUUUCUUCGGUGAACAGGUUGUGGUCUCAAAGCGUUGAAAAUAUUUUAGCAAAUUAAAUUUAAAUGUUGAAAUGAAUCUAACGGUUUUUGCGUG